CUCGGCGGCCGCAGCCGGGGGGCGGCCACCGGGCGGCGGGGGACACUCCCCCGCUGAGGGACGCGGCCGCCCUCCGCGUCCCGCCUCCCGCUGUCACGCACCGCCGGCGCCGCGGGGCGGGGGAGGGCGGGCGGCCGGCGGGGACACCGUGCGGGGGCAACAGCCGGUGCGCUGGGGGCCGGGGAUUGCUGGAGGGAGUGUCCCGGGGUUUGAACUCCACACCCAGAAAUGAGGAAGGUUUUGUGCGUGGAGCCCGUCAUUUUCAUAUACCUUUUUGCGACUUCCCUGACGACCCCGCUGGUGCAGCAGUUUAUCUACCGGCGGCUGUGGGAGCAGGAGUACAACUCCUCUUUCGUGAGCGAUAGCAAUGUCAGUCACUGCGAGCAGAAUAAGAGCAGCCCGACUUAUAUUAAACAGAAGGAAGUUCAAGAAAAAGCCUCUGUUUUUAAUAUGCAGUUGGACUUAACUGGGGCCAUUCCCAGCCUUAUAGUUGCCUUUGUCGUUGUAGCUAAUGGGGAUCGCCAGGGACACAAAAGGUCUUUAGUUUUACCAUCAAUGGGAGCUUUGAUUGCUGGUAUUAGCCUCACUGCAAUAUCAUAUUUUUCCUUGUCACUCUCUGUCCUAUUUGCAGUUGCAUUUGUUACUGGACUGUUUGGGAGUAUAGCAACUUUCCUUGGAGGAGGCUUUGCUUUUAUAGCAGAUGGUUGUCAUGAUGAGAACCAGAAAACAACACGAAUAGCUGUAGUGGAUUUGAUUUUUGGAAUUGUAUCGGGAUUGGCAGGACUCUCAUCUGGCUACUUUCUAAGAGGAAUAGGCUUUACAUGGACAUUUGUGACAGCAUCUCUGCUUCAUGUCAUUAAUAUCAUCUAUAUUAUAUUUUUUCUGGAAGAUACCAUAGGUGUAUCUGAAUUCCAGCACGAGGUACCAGUAUCCUAUAAAGAACUUCUUAGGGAGACAUUUUCUGGAGUGUACAUGCUUUUUAAAACUGCCCCUUAUAAAAAGAGAAUUUUAAUAAUUGUGUUACUUUUUGCAUUUAUGACUUAUAUGUUUACUAUGCUUGGUGGGAGUUCGCUUUUUACACUGUAUGAACUGGAUGAGCCGCUCUGCUGGAAUGAAGUAUACAUUGGAUAUGGAGCAGCUGCAUUCACUUCUGUCUCUCUGACCAGUUUUUUAGGAGUUUACUUAUUUUCUAAAUGUCUCAAAGACAUUUAUAUUGUCUUUAUUGGGAUAUUUUCUUACAUUGGAGGAAUGAUCAUGGCUGCCUUUGCCAAAACUACCCUGCUCAUGUUUUUAGUGAGAGUGCCAUCUUUGUUCUGCCUUAUGCCUAUUCCUGUUCUCCGAUCCAUGCUGUCAAAAGUGGUUCUCACUGGCGAACAGGGUGCUGUGUUUGCUUGUAUUGCCUGUUUAGAAGUUGUGACCGGCAGUGUUUCAAUUUCAGUUUUUAAUAUUCUGUAUGCAACUACUGUUGCAUGGUUUUCAGGCUUUAGCUUCCUCCUAUCGGCAGGUCUUUGUCUAAUUCCACUGACUGUCCUGUGCUGGCUUCUGUGCACAAGCUGGAAUGGGGAGGACUUGGCUCUGCUGGUACCUGAAGAAGUAUCCAGCAUAGAGAGUGCCGACAGUUGAACAAAAGAUCCACACACCUGGGAUUUCUAAUCUCACAUGCAGUGGCAGAGACCAUUAUGUCAUACAGAGACCAUAGAGAUAACACAACACAAUCUCCAAGUGGCCCUGCAGCAAUAAGCACUAAAAUGGUAGCACUCUAUACCCAGUCUUUCAGCACUUGACUAAAGCUAGCUCUUAACUAUGCAAAUAGGCAGGCAGUUGAGAUUAUAAUGCUGCUUUCAGCAUGAAGAAAAAAAUUAGGUAGGGUGAUACUCCUUCCACUUACCCUUUCUCAAGUUUGAGAAUGUCAGGUAUGGAUUGUGAUACAUCUUGUGUCAUUCUAAAUGGGGUGACAGAGAUAAGUUAUUAACUCAGAGGGUGCUGGCAAUUCUGCUGAAGCCAUUGGAGCUUGUGCCAGAUGAGGAUGUGGUCCACUGUGUACAUCUUUAAAGUCCUGUCUUAAUGAUGAAGCCCCCAAACCUUUCUAAAAUUACUAAAAAGGUAUUUUUUUCAAGAAAGCAACCAACCUGGAGGCAGUACUUAACAUCUGCUGUAAGCAGACUUACUGCUCUGCAGCUAGCAGAGUGUUUGUAUAAUGUAUGAUGUGUGGACCUUGCCUGUGAUUUAGUUCUUAAAAUGGAGUUUUACACAGAACUUUCAGGAAAUUUCCAGCUUGCAGAGUGUGAAGUUCAGCCUGUGUCUACAUUUUGCAGAGGCCAUAUUGCACAUUUUUAAUUUUCCAUAUAUUAGGGACUGCGUACAGACAUCUCUAUUUUUUGUCCCAGAGAUAUUUCUUAUUUUUUAGUUAAGUUGGUACUUGGUUUAAAUGUUUCUUUUAAUGAAAGGCUGUAAUAGCAUUUCUUAUCAGUGGAUCUUUAUUUUCUUCACAACCCUGAAAUGAGGUGACCAAAUCUGAAUCAUGAAUCUAAUCAUCUUGCAACAAAUACAGCAUAAUUAUAUGAGCAGUUGAAGAGCAUUUCUCAUCUUCAAAGCACUUUACAAAUGCUAUUAAGAACAUCCUUCCAUAAUAGAUACUCUCUUCCCUCUUGCAUAGGGAGAGAAAUUAACAGAGAGGACAAGUGACAUGCCCAAGGCCACAGUGCAAACUGGUGAGACUGCCAAACCUAGGAAUCAGUUUCAGCUUUGACUCCUCACCUUUUCCCUUGAGAUCUUUAAGUAGAAAUUAUUCUGAGUACUAGCUUCUGGAGUGCACAGUGGAAGUGAAAAUAUAACACCAUGUUAGAGACCACUCCCAUAUGUUGAUUUUUUUAAGAGUUUGACAGCCAAUACUGUUCUGAUCUCUGAAAGUGGUGUGUGACUUGUCCCCCAAAACAGAUUAGACAGAGAAGUCAAAAUCAUGGAAAGUGGCUGACAUUUAGUAAAGGAAACCUCUAGGAAAGCAACUAUGAUGUGGGAACUCACUUGCACACAGCAUAGGAUAAAAAUGCACAGACAUAGCAUGUGCUGUAUAACUGAUGACCUGCUUACAGCCAUUGAUACCCAUCACAUGAACAGAGAACUCCUGCAGAACUUUUCAGUGGUACUCCACCAAGAAAUAGUAGUACCGCAUCAUGAUGAUACUAUUGUAGAUCCUUCACAAUUGAAGAAUUGCAUCAUUUACAAGUUAUGUAUUGUGCUCACUGAGGUUUGAAAGAGGGUUCAAAUAAGGUAAAGGAGAGCUUACAGUAUUCAGGAGACCACUGCCUGCUCAUCACAGGUGAAAACAGUACCGUUUAUCCAGGGCAGAGGGAACAAGUAUUUACACAGCUAACAGCUAUAGCCAGCUCUUACACUUCUGUCCUGAACUACGGAGGGUGAUGUUAGCAAUUAAAGAUCAUUAGCUUUUCCUCGGUAGUUUAGACACUGGCCAGAAAAUAAAACUGCUUAACUCUCCUCCUUUGAGGUGCCCAAGUUGCUGCCAACUUGUGGGCCGAGUUCUACAAGUGGGUCCAGAAAUAAUGAGUACUUGUAGAGAGAUUUAGAAAACACUGAUGUAAAGGAUUUCAGCACAAAGAUUACAUUGUCUUCCUUGCCUCUUCAUUAUGCAGUUAUGUAAGGCUUUCUGAAAUUAACUAUUUCACAGAAAACUGCCGGGGGGGGG